UUUUUUAAACAGGCAGUUGGAAGAUCAGUUGGAGAGGAGAGAGUGGAAAGCAAGCGGGGCAAGGAGGGCCACCUCCAUGAUCUCCAGCCAGGCCAUGAGAGUGGUGAGGCUGGUGGGGAGGAGUGGAGGAGGCCAGGCUGCCCUGAGGGCCACUGCCAAGGGGCUGGGCAGACGUCCAGGCCUCUGGAGCAGCCCUGGGCUUCAAGGGCAGCAACGAAGGAACUUGUCACUGCAUGAGUACCUGAGCAUGGAACUCCUGAAGGAAGCCGGCGUGGCUGUCCCAAAGGGCUUGGUUGCCAGGACACCGGAGGAAGCGUACAAGGCGGCCAAGGAAAUCGGCACGGAGGACCUCGUGGUGAAGGCCCAGGUGUUAGCAGGUGGACGGGGGAAAGGCACUUUCGAAGGGGGCCUCAAGGGAGGAGUGAGGCUAGUCUGUUCCCCAGAGGAGGCCAGAGAGAUCUCCUCCCAAAUGAUUGGGAAGAAGCUCUUCACCAAGCAGACAGGAGAAAGGGGACGGAUAUGCAACGAGGUCUUGAUCUGUGAGCGCAGAGAUCCAAAGAAAGAAUACUACUUUGCAAUAACGAUGGAAACAUCCUCUCAGGGUCCCGUCCUGAUUGGCAGUUCUCAGGGCGGUGUUAACAUUGAAGAUGUUGCCGCAGAGAAUCCUGAAGCCCUCGUUAAGGAGCCUGUCGACAUUGUGGAAGGCAUCAGAAAGGAGCAGGCCCUUCGAGUCGCCCAGAAGAUGGGAUUCCCACCACCGCUGGUAGACGAAGCUGCUGAUAAUAUAGUUAAGUUAUACAACCUCUUUAUUAAAUACGAUGCCACCAUGGUAGAAAUUAACCCCAUGGCGGAAGAUUCCACAGGGAGAGUCAUGUGUAUUGACGCCAAGAUCAAUUUCGAUAGCAAUUCAGCUUUCCGUCAGAAGAAAAUCUUCGCACUGCAGGACUGGACCCAGGAGGACGCUAGAGAGAAGGAGGCCGCCAGUGCAAACCUCAAUUACAUUGGCCUGGAAGGGAACAUCGGCUGCCUGGUAAACGGAGCCGGCCUGGCGAUGGCCACGAUGGACAUCAUCAAACUCCACGGCGGCACCCCAGCCAACUUCCUUGACGUGGGAGGAGGAGCGACAGCCGGGCAAGUCAUGGAGGCCUUUAAGCUGAUUACUGCAGACAAAAAGGUCCAGGCCAUCUUGGUGAACAUUUUCGGGGGCAUUAUGCGGUGCGAUAUCAUUGCCCAAGGUGUCAUUAUGGCAACCCAAGAUUUGGAGCUAAAAAUACCUGUCGUCGUCCGGUUAAAGGGUACCCGAGUGGAGGAUGCCAAAGCUUUGAUUGCCAAGAGCGGGCUAAAGAUCCUGUCCUGUGAAGAUCUGGAUGCAGCAGCCAAAAUGGUUGUGACCCUCUCCGAAAUCAUAACCCUGGCUAAACAAGUGCAGGUGGACGUGACAUUCCAGCUGCCCAGCUGAGAGAGCAGACACGGCCGGCACCCGCCUGCAACGCAGCCCCCAAGCUCUCCUGCGAGGGGAGGAGGUUUCCGUUAGCUUUAUUUCCAUGUUGAUGUUCUCGUGAAAGGACUCUCUCGCUCACAUUUAUUCCUGCCUGCAGCUUCUCUCCCUCCACUUUGCAGCUGCAGAAUGAAGAGCUGAAAGGAACCGGUGUCAUCAGGUGAUGACACAUGGAAGGACCUGACUUUGGAGCUGUCAGUCAGCAGGGUCAAUGCUCAGCAGGGUGGGGCUCGCACAGGCACUGGCGAAAGGGCUCCAGGGACCACAGCCAACAAUCCUUGUGAUGAGCAGCACAGAAGAAGAUGCCCCAAAGGGCUUUCCUGUGGGGAUCUUUAUUCUGCAGCAGGGUGAAUAGCACCUGAGGAUAGCCGCUACCAUGCACGGCCUGCGUCCUUCUAGACUGAAUGCUUUCUGGACCAAGAAUUAUUGGAAUGGGGUCCAAGUGAAACACUUGAGCGGCAUCUUUUCUGGUCCCUGUUGCAGAAUGCCAUCAUGAGGUUUUGCAUUUGAACAAAUGAAGCAUAUUCUUCCAUUGCUGUGCAGGUGUUAGGGCGUGAGGCAGGGGUGGGGGGGAGAGUAGAGCUGAGGAAGGCAGGGCAGACCGAGACGGGGAAGGGAUGGUCCUCAGCUGACCCAUGGACCUGCUGGAAACUUCACUUGGGGCCUGCAGCAAAGAGCUGAACUGAGGACCGUGAGUUGCAGGAGGGAGAAAUGGUUCUUUUAUUGCCAGUGUCGGAUUUGUGGACCAGCUAGAGACGAUCUGUCUUGCACAGUGGAGAGACAUUUGCAAGGAUUAUUAGUUGGGGUGUUUUGGUUAUAGUUUGACCAGGCUUCAAUUGUAUUAGAGCUGCAGAUAAGAAUUUGCAAUAACCUCACUGCUUGUGUUUUGGUUCUAAUAAAAAUACCUCUGCAUUGGUGA